GUCAAAUGAUAGCAACAGAAGAAGAGAAAUACACCCAAUUUGCUAAACCAAAACAAAUGGACUACAUGUUUUUUAACUAAUUUUCUUCAAAAAUUAAUGCCUGUUUUGGUGGCAGUAUACCAAUAUAUAAAAUAUUUAAAAAAUCAUCAGUGAAUAUCAGUAAUUUGUUUUAAUUUACAUAUUUCAUAAUUAGAAAUCAAAGUGAAAACAAUGUACAGAGACAAUGAAGAUUUUGAAGAACGCAAUAGGCAAAUUCUCUUUCAAGGGACAGCUGCACUGGAAAGAACUGGUGAAAGUCUGGCAAGAUCGACACAAAUAGCAAUUGAAACAGAGACUGUUGGAACCGAAGUAAUAUCUGAAUUAGAUUCACAACGAGAAGCUUUACUGAGAACGAGAAAUAGACUAGGGGACGCAAAUGAAGAAUUAAGGAAUGCUAAAAGCACGUUGAGUGCAAUGGGACGAAAUGUUUUAUAUAAUAAGUUAAUACUCAUUUUAAUUAUAAUAUUGGAAAUACUCAUAUUGGCAGCUAUCUGCUUCAUAAGGUUUAUAAAAUGAUAAAUAAUAAUAUGCAAAAUAGAUAAGUUACCAAUUAUAAACAAUCUACUUUUAGUAGUAUGUACAUACAUAUUAAAAAUACUUUACAAUUACUAUUUAGAUCAUGUCCUUAAAGUCAUUUUAAUUUUAUAUGUAUUUAGACUAUGUUACUUCGAAUACAAUUUAGAAAAGAAAACAUUGAAAAAUUCAUAUAUAAAAUUACAGAGUUGUAACACUGAUUAACUUUUAUAGCCACUUUACACAAUGCAAGGUAAUUUCUUGCGCAAGAACUUCUGCAAUAAGUUGCAACUAACUUUCUGCAAUAAAGUGAUUACACAGUGCAAACAAUUGCACAAACUGACAUGAAAUAUACAGAAAUUUCUUUGACAGUUAACAGAGAAGAAACUCUCAAAAGUCUUAUUUGAUUUAACCUGCUUUUAUUUACAUUUGUUCCAUUUCCUUCUCAGCCGCCUUUUUUCCAUAAUUACCAUAAUGUCCAUAAUGCUGUUAAAUUGUUACUUAAAUAAAGGUUAAAAAUGUAUGUAUUCGCGGUGUGCAAGUACUUGGAAGGGAAUUGAAAAACGAUCGUACGCGAAUAGCAGAGAAAUAUUGCAACUUUCUUAAAUAAUUCAUAUUGUCAAUUGAAAUUGUCAAAUUGACAUACAUUUCAUACCUACUGUCAUUGAAGAACAAAAAUUAUAUGUUGCUCCACAUUAUUGAUAUGAUAUGCAAUUAUUAUAUAAAUGUAAAUUUAAUUACUUGUAUUUUGCUUGCAGCACUGCAUUUUAAUAACUAAUUUUUUUUACUACAUACAAUUGUUUACGUUUUAAUAACAUAACCUGAAUCUUAUUUUUUCUUCUUAUUAUUUUUUUUGGACUAUGGCCUUGAUAAUUAUUAAGUAACCAGGACUAAUAUAAUUGGCCAAUAUAAUUAAAAGUGCGAAUAAAAUUGCAGAGCGUAGAAAUAGGUGUCGCUUUGCUGAACUUGCACGGUCCCAAUAUUGAUUAUUUAACAUCUUUUUGUUACCUAUGUUAUUAUUACAAUCUUAUUAUUAAAAUAAAAUUGGUAAAUAAUCAAGCUCGAGCUGAUGACAGAAUUUUAAUGUCGUCUGAAGUUGGCAGAAAAGUAAAAAACACAAACAGUGUAGCCUUAAAAGUAAAAGUUACUAAAAAUAUAACCAAAUUGCAUGAAAAAAAGUGCAGGUUCUAUUUAGCUGCAAGUUCUUGAUGCAAUAAGUUGCAGCAACUUUUCUGUGCAAUUUUUGUAUGACAGGAUGCAAUUUCUCUUGCUGCAAGAACUUAUGCAAUAAAUGUCGCAAUUACUUGCAUUGUGUAAAUUUUUAGUUAAAAUGUUAAAAAGUUUAAAAUGUUAAAAACUUAUUUCAUUACCUAAACCAUUUAAGAAAUCAGUUAAGGUUUUGCAUACCUAAGUUAAUUCUAAUUUUUACUUGUAUUCUUAUCUGAAUUGCGCUUUGUACAUAUUGACAUUAUUCUUUUGUAAAAGUGGUAUAUUUGUAAAUAAAUUAAUAAAUACA